UAGAAGAAGACAGUUUUCAGUUAGAAUGAAUUCGCUAUUAUUGUUUUCCUUGCUUGCUCUGUUUAUAGUAACUUAUGCGGAUCAGUACACAGAUAGAUAUGACAAUAUUAAUAUAGAUGAAAUUCUAUCCAACAAGCGACUACUGACGUCAUACAUAAAGUGUAUUUUGGAUAAAGGUCGUUGCACACCGGAGGGAAAGGAACUUAAACUACACAUCAAGGAUGGAAUGCAAAACAGCUGUUCAAAAUGCACAGACUUCCAGAAAAAUGGUGCUAGAAAAGUCGUCAAAUACAUUCGCACUAAUGAAAAGGAUUCCUGGGAAGAGAUGAAGAAAAAAUACGACCCAAAGGAUGAGUACAAAGAAAAAUAUGAAGCUUUCCUUGCAGCUGAAAACUAAAUGCAAAGAGAAUAUACAAAACCAAUUCAAACUACUAAACCAAAAUGUGUCCAAGUCAACUCUUUUGUCUACUGUUAGAAUAUUCCAUUAAAUUAAAAUAAACGUGUUUUUAUUUUUA